UUUUGUUUGUUUUUUUUGUUGUCGUCAAUAUUUAUCUUUGAUAUUUUCUGGUUUGUAUUUUUUUUCUUCAAAUUAAACUGAAAAAAUGACAUCACCAUCAUCAACAGCAGCAUCAACAGCAACUUUGUCAACAAAUCCAAAAUCAAUGACUACAGAAUCUAGUCUUGAAUCAUCAAUAUUUUGGCAACAUAUUAUUGCCAUGGAUGUACAAUAUAAUUCAUCACGUUACUUUUGUACUUAUAUGAAAAUUCUAUACAUAAAACGUCGAAAUCAAUUAUUUCGUGAGCUAAGUAAACAGCCAUUAAAUUCAUUUCGUAAACAAUAUCUACGUCUUAGACAUACGAUACUAUCGAAUUUCUAUCAACAACAACAACAACAACAAAAGAAACAUGUUCGAAAUAAUAGUGAUAGUAGUUUUCUAUCAUUUAUUUAUGAUGAUCUUCGAUCAUAUUCCGGUGGUGAUUGGAAAUCUAAUAUUACAAUGACAAAUGAUCUACUUCUUCAUAAUAAGGAUGUUAAUAUUGAUAAUCUACAAUUUCAAUCAUUAAAUGUUAAUGAUGAUAAUAAUCAUAACAACAACAACAAUAAUAAUAAUAAUAAUAUUGCAUUCUGUGAAAAUUUUGCCUUUACCGGUGUUCAUCAUAUUUUUGAUCAACAUAAAUCGGCUGUUAAUUGUGUAAAAUUUGCCAAUUCAAAUAAUUCAUUAAUUUGUUUUGCAUCCGAUGAUCAUACAUUAUCGAUUUGUCAACUGACACCAUUACCAGCUACCAUAUUGUUUAUUUUACGUGGACAUCAAGAUUCUGUUACUGCAUUCGAAUGGUCACAAUCAAAUGAAUUGAUUGUUAGUUGUUCAUGUGAUUCAACAUUAAAUUUAUGGUCAACUAUGAAUGGUAAAUGUUUACGACGAUUUAAAGAUCCACAAAAAUGUUCCAUUCUUACCUGUAUAUUUUUACCAACUAAUAAUAAUAUGAUAUUUACCGGAAAUCAAAAUGGUAUUGUUAACAUUCUAAAUCUAUCGACUGGAAUUUAUUCAAAAAAUUCCGUUACUAUUAGUGAUGGUGGUCCUAUUUUAUCAAUGUGUUUUGAAUCUAAAGAUCAAUUACUUUGGUGUGGUGAUUCAAAAGGUUUUAUUUCAACAUUUCAUUUUGAAAUGGAAACCUGUAAAUUAUUAUUGAUAAACAAAGUGAUUAUUGUACCUGGAUGUCCAAUAACAUCAUUAUCAUUAUCAUCAUCAACAAUACUUGAUAAUGAUAAUAAUCAAAAUCUUUUACUGGCUAAUUGUGCAUGUAAUGCUGUCGUUUUAUUUCGUACGGGUAUUGAUAAAAAAUUGGAAUUUCUUAAAUGUUUUCCAAUUAAACAUCAAAAUUCACAAAUGAAAAUUAAAAGUUCAUUUUGUCCGAAUAGUAAUCGUAGUGGUAAUGAUGAUAAUCUAUUUAUCAAUAAUCAAUCAUCAACAACAGCGAAAAUGACAAGAAUUUGUCUUGUAACUGGUAGUGAAGAUACUUGUAUAUAUUUUUAUCAUUAUCAAUCACCUAAUUUGAAUACAAAUACAUUGGCCAUAAGUCGUUGUGUAAACAAAUUACAAGGACAUUCAGCACCAGUACUUGAUGUUCGUUUUAAUCAUGAUGAAAGUUUACUUGCAUCAGCCGAUUCUAAAGGUUCAAUAAUUAUAUGGAAACGUGAUUCAUCUAUUACAAAAAAAUUUUAAUUUCAUUUUUUGUUUCUAUCCAAUAUUUGUUUUAAAUUACAAUUUUGUUUUUUUGUUGGAUAAAUAUAAU